AUGAAGGUCCCCUCAGCCUCUGUAGUGGCUUUGCUUGCCUAUACCGCCAAUGCGUCGUACACUAAUUCUACUCCUGUGUACAAGGAUCCAAAUGCAAGUGUGGAUGAUAGAGUUGCGGAUUUACUGUCGCGGAUGACCAUCCAAGAUAAGACUUCCCAAUUGAUUCAGGGCGAUAUCUCAAAUUGGCGUAACAUGACAGAUGGCACGUUCAAUGCAACCGGUUUAGCAUGGAAUAUGGCGACUCGGGCUGGUCAAUUCUAUGUCGGUUAUCCAGUCGCGCAACAGCUGAUCGCGGACGGAGUAAGACAAGCACAAGAUUAUCUUAUGCAUAAUACAACCUUGGGAAUUCCGGCUUUGGUUCAAAGUGAAGGUAUCCACGGUUUCUUGAUCGGAAACGCGACAAUCUUCAAUUCACCCAUUGCACAGGCUUGUUCUUGGAAUCCUGCCUUAAUUAAGAAGAUGGGAGCAGCAAUUGCGCAAGAGUCACUUGCUCUUGGUGUCAACCAAAUUUUUGGACCAUUGGGAGAUUUGGCCCGUGAAUUGAGAUACGGAAGGGUCGAAGAAACCUUUGGCGAGGAUGGAUAUCUAGCAGGCGAGAUGGGAUAUGCUUAUGUUAAAGGUCUGCAAGCUGGAAAUGUCAGCUCGACAGUGAAACAUUUUGCAGCCUUUGGAACUCCUGAACAAGGAUUGAACACUGGCCCACAACAUGGUGGAGAAAGAGAACUUCGAACCACCUAUUUACCAUCAUACAAGCGUAUGAUAAUGGAUGCCGAUGCUUGGUCUAUCAUGUCUGCUUACCAUUCAUAUGAUGGUGUUGCACUCAUCGCUAGUUAUCACAUCCUCACUGAAAUUCUCAGAGAAGAAUGGGGCUACAAAUAUUGGGUAACCAGUGAUGCUGGUGCAACAGAUCGUCUCUGUGAUUCUUUCAAGAUGUGUCGUUCCAAAGGCAACGGACUACCCAUUGAUUCAGAUGCGGUAACCAUGUUUGCACUUCCUGCAGGUAAUGAUGUCGAGAUGGGUGGUGGCUCUUUCAAUUUCCAAAAAAUCCCAGAGCUUGUCGAGUCUGGAGUCUUGGACAUCGACAUUGUGGACACCGCUGUAUCGCGUCUUCUUCGUGCCAAGUUUGACCAAGGUCUUUUCGAGAACCCAUAUCUCGCAGCACCAGCCAAUGAGACUGCAUCUUUGAUUCACACUCAAGAACAUAUUGACUUGGCUCGAGAACUUGAUGCCGAAUCCAUUGUCUUGUUGGAAAACGGAAAGGGUGUUCUUCCCCUUUCUAAAACUGCAAAUGUCGCUGUGAUUGGACCCAUGGCACAUGGAUUCAUGAACUAUGGUGACUACGUCGUCAACGGAAGUAUGUACCGUGGAGUAACUCCGUUAGACGGAAUACAAGCUGCCAGUUCAGGAAGCAUUACCUAUGCUCAAGGUUGCGAACGUUGGUCAAAUGACCAAUCUGGAUUUGACGAGGCUGUUUCCGUUGCUCAAGCUGCCGACGUAGCUGUCGUGGUUGUCGGAACAUGGUCGAGAGACCAAAACCAACUUUGGCAAGGACUCAACGCCACGACAGGAGAGCACGUCGAUGUCUCAUCCUUGAACCUCGUUGGUGCCAUGCCUCACUUGGUCAAAGCCAUCAUCGAUACCGGGAAACCCACUGUUGUCGUCUUCUCUUCCGGUAAACCCAUCACCGAAGCAUGGAUCUCCGCAAACGCCUCCGCAUUAGUCCAACAAUUCUACCCCUCCGAACAAGGAGGAAACGCACUCGCCGAUGUCCUUUUCGGUGACGUCAACCCAAGCGGUAAGCUCUCUGUCGGUUUCCCAUAUGAUGUUGGAACUACCCCAAUUUACUACGACUACUGGAAUUCCGGACGUCCCAAUUACCCGGGAGAAGCCUUCGCCAACGGAACUCUCUCUUUUGGCCACCAAUAUGUUCUCAACUCCCCCAUGCCUCUCUAUGAGUUCGGAUAUGGAAAAUCCUACUCCACAUUUGAAUACUCGGAUGUUACUCUCUCAGCUACGAACGUCACCGCUAAUGAUACCAUCACCGCCACCGUAUCCGUCACUAAUAAUUCUACUCGUGAUGGUGCGGAGGUCGUACAACUUUACGUCCAAGAUGUGAUUAGCAGCGUCGUCGUUCCAAACAUUCAGCUUAAGGGCUUCUCUAAAGUAGCUAUCAAAGCUGGAGAGACCGAAACCGUCAAUAUUGAUUUGAAGGUUGAGGAGGUUGGAUUGUGGGAUAUCAGAAUGAAGUAUGUAGUUGAGCCAGGAGACUUUGUCGUGCAAAUCGGAAGUUCGAGUGCAGACUUGAGAGCAAAUGCUACUUUUACAGUUAUUUAG